CGUGUUGCAGCUGUGUUACUGUGGUUCAUGAUUCUUUGCCUUUUUGGUUUCUGUACAAGAUCCAAGACAGAGACUGAUAGCAGUUCAAACAUGCAUUUUCUGACUCUUGCUAUGGACAAAUUUCUGAGUAAUAUGGAAAGAGAAAAGCCAAUCAGGUUUACUAGUGAGCAGCUCAGGAUUGCAACUGAUAACUACUCAUCAUUAUUGGGAUCAGGAGGUUUUGGAGAAGUUUAUAAAGGAAAUUUGAGUGAUGGAAUCAAUGUGGCUGUGAAGGUUCUACGUGGUAACUCAGAUAAGAGAAUUGAGGAACAAUUUAUGGCAGAAGUGGGUACAAUUGGAAAAGUUCAUCAUUUCAAUCUAGUUCAGUUGAUUGGAUUUUGCUUCGAAAGAGAUCUAAGAGCACUGGUUUAUGAGUACAUGGAGAAUGGCUCUCUUGACAGGUAUUUGUUCCAUGAAAAGAAGACCUUAGGAUAUGAAAAGCUUUAUGAGAUUGCAGUUGGGAUAGCCAGAGGCAUCGCAUACUUGCACGAAGAUUGCAAACAAAGAAUAAUCCAUUAUGACAUCAAACCAGGAAAUAUUCUAUUGGACCGCAAUUUCAAUCCUAAAGUUGCUGAUUUUGGAUUAGCCAAGCUUUGCAACAGAGACAAUACUCAUAUUACUAUGACAGGAGGUAGGGGCACUCCUGGUUAUGCUGCACCUGAGCUUUGGAUGCCAUUUCCUGUGACUCACAAGUGUGAUGUUUACAGCUACGGAAUGCUGUUAUUUGAAAUCGUAGGUAGGAGAAGAAACGUUGACACUAACCUUCCAGAAAGCCAAGAGUGGUUUCCAGUAUGGGUUUGGAAAAGAUUUGAUGCUGGAGAAUUGGUAGAGUUAAGAAUGGCUUGUGGAAUAGAGGAGAGACAUCAUAAAAUGGCUGAAAGAAUGGUUAAGGUAGCUUUGCUAUGUGUUCAGUAUAGACCAGAUUCAAGACCAAUAAUGAGUGAUGUAGUGAAAAUGUUGGAAGGUUCGGUGGAAAUUUCUAAACCCAUGAACCCAUUUCAGCAUAUGAUGGAUGGGACUAUCCCUGGUCAUUCAGCCCAAGCAUCACAAACUGAUGCUAAUACAAGUGUUAAUUCUGGCUCUUCUGCUACGGUAACCCAACCAGGCAUUGUAUAUGAUAAUCCUAUGAUGAGGAAUGAUGACAUUGAAUGGACCUCUACCAUUGCUGAUGAAUGAGACAGGCAAUGUGAUGAAAAUUUUCCAUUUCUUUUACAAAAAGUUUGUAAUGUUUCUUUUCUACUAUUAUAUUUAUUUAAUUGUCCUUUUACUUUUUUUGUGAUAAUAUUUGAUAGAAAUCUGGUCU